CACACACACACACACACACACACACACACACACACACGCACACACGCACACACGCACACACACACACACACACACACACACACACACACAGUAUGAAGGCAUGUAGGUUAUCUCACUCUAAUACUAUAUAAAGCCUUAUAACCUUACAUAUUGCCUAACAACCUAGUAUUUAUUAUCAUGAUUGUACACUACUGUGCGUAGUGGUGUGACAAUCGCAAACAGAGAGUAUUAGUUCCCCUCCCCCACCUCCUCUAGUGCCCUACUUUACUCACUAUUUAUGGGACGUGUAGUUCUUUACGUAAUGCUUCAGCCAAACUUAUGGGAUGUGUAGUUCUUCUCAUACAGGCCUACUUGAUAGUUUAUAUUUAUGAAAUAUAUUAUUAGAUAUAGUAUAAUCAAUUUAUGUUAUUGAUUAAGAUCUGAACUUAGGAUAACGCAGGUAGCGUAAAAGGAAGGUUCAUUAUAAAAACAUGCAAGGCUAAGUAGGAUCCAAAGACCCCUCUAGGCGGUGCUAGGGGAUAUAUCAGACACACCGAUCUGCGGCUUUUGGCGGCAAAUGUUCAAGCUCGAGCUCUAGUUUCCCCAAGAAACAUAAAGAAGUAUUUCAUUCGUUGUCUCAGUUUAUCGACAGAAAUAUACAUAUGUUUAUCACAUACCGACUUGUAUUUAAACUUCACCUGCAUUUAUUAAGUGACGUUUGUUGCUAUUGAAUUGAUUUCUCCGUUUUGAAGUCUAAAAAGAAAUGGACAAAACUAGCAAAAAAGGCAAAGAAAAAGCCCGGUUUAUCCCGCUCUUCCAGACAGGAGAAAGCAAGCCUAACCCCAUCUCUAAAAAGAAGGGCCAACCUCUAGAUGGCGAACAAAAAAGAUUGGCUAACACUAUCUCUGGAAAGAAGAGCCAACCUCUAGAUGGAGAAGAAAAGAGACUGCCUAACACUAUCUCUGGAAAGAAGAGCCAACCUCUAGAUGGAGAAGAAAAGAGACUGCCUAACCCCAUCUCUAAAAAGAAGAGCCGACCUCUAGAUGGAGAAGAAAAGAGACUGCCUAACCCCAUCUCUAAAAAGAAGAGCCGACCUCUAGAUGGAGAAGAAAAGAGACUGCCUAACCCCAUCCCUACAGAGAAGAGCAGACCUCUAGGAAAGGGACGGGAAGAAGACACGGCUGCUGGUCAAGAAAAGGCUGAAGAGACGGAGCACACACAAGGGGACAAAAUGAAGAAAACAAGAGAGAAGAGCCAGAUACCAGCAGAAGAAGGGAUAGAUGAGUUUGAAGAGGUAGUUGCUAGAGUCCUGGAUGAUGCCAGUCCGGGGCUGAAGGAAGAGCGCCAGACCACCGUCCAGCUCAGAACUCCAAGUUAUUUCAAGAGGAAACUACAUGAUGAACAAAAGGACAAGGAUGAAGAAUACUAUGACCAGUGGGUCCAGUGUAGUGACUGUGAUAAGUGGAGGAGACUGAAGUCUGGGUCCGAACCCUCAGACCUGCUGGGUGCCUGGACUUGCCCUCUCAAUACAGAUGAACAGUACUCUAGCUGUAGUGUAUCUGAGGAGCAGGGGUCUGGGGACGAUGAUGACGACAACAUCAGCACUAGUCUGUGGCCAGGCUGUCUCGUCUGGGCUCAGCAGACCGGGUAUCCAUGGUGGCCGGCCAUGGUAGAGAGAGACCCAGACACCCACCAGUACUGUUGCUUCACCCACAGAACAGACACCAAUCCUUCUCGGUAUCAUGUGACCUACCUCGGCCAACCAGUGAGCAGAGCCUGGCUGUCGAGUGGCAGAAUCAAACCCUACUCCAGCCUGACCCUGGAGCGGGCUAUAAAUAUGCCGUCUCAGAAGCGACACAUGGAAAAACUGAAAAAAGCUGUAGCCAUGGCAUCACGGGUCCAAAAAGAAACCGUAAUAACGAGGAUAGACAUGUUCGGUUUCCUGGGUCGCUUUGUGUCUGAUAGGGAAAGUUCAGAGGACAGCGACCUAGAAGAAGCUGCAUAUGAUAUUUUGGAUAGUCAUAAUAUCAGAUUGGAACAGACCAAUAAAAAGACAAAAGAUGGGAGUUCAAAGCAGAGAGGGAGCCUGAAGAAGAUGAGGAGAGAAAGAGAGAGUGAUGGUGAUGUAAACAAGAGCUGCAGAACGGAGGAGGGGACGAAGAGAAGAAAAGAGAGAAAGAGUGGAGGACUUGAAGAGGAGAACUCUCAAUAAGCAUCUUCCGAAAAUCAUUACCAGAAGAGACAGAAAGAAAGGACGAGGGAGACCGCAAUGAGAGAGCGUUGGAAAGAAGAGACAAGAUGGAGAUAAUUACUUCCUCACUAAGAAAUGGAGAGGAUAGCAUUGGUUAGAAGAGAGCCGAUGAGGAAAGGAUGAUGGAGGGAAGGGAUGGAGAGGAGAAAAUAAGUAGAGGGGACUUCUACUUUAUGUUUGAAGAGGAGUAGAUGGGACUUGAAUUUGUUCUGCUGAGGAAGAAUAGUAACUUUUCUUUUUGUUAUGUUGAGGAAGAAUAGGAACUUCUAAUCUUAUGUUGUGUUGAGGAAGCAUAGGGACUUCUGAUUUGAUGUUGUGUUGAGGAACAAUAGAGACUUUUAUUGGUUUGUUGUGUUACCUGUAGACUGUUAUUUGUUGUUGUAUGGACUGGUGCCAGGUCAAGGCUCUUAGUAGAGCAGCAUAUAGAAGGAAGCUCUGGUUUUAAGAGGAUACGUUUGUUUCACCAGUUUUUUAGGCCCUACUUUUUAAUGUUCUCAUAUAAAUAUGUUGGUAUACUUUACAUACGAGAAGUAUUAGUUUAGCUUGUUAAAUAAAUACUAGAAAUAUUGUUCUAUUGUUUGUUUAGAGUGGACGUGUUAUUGUCCAACUGCAGUUGCAAGAUAAUAAAUGUUGAUUCAUUUAACAAAGCAUUUAACAAAACUGGUUGAUACCCAAAAACAGUGACUCACUGGCUCACUCCCAAACACACACACACACACACACACACACACACACACACACACACACACACACACACACACACACACAGGCUUGUCCAUGAGGUUUAAACAACAGGAAAAGAUGAACAAUGGCUUAAGACCCUCCACCCUGGUUCCCUUUGGAGACAAACAGACACACACAGUCACAGUCACACACAAACAUGCAUACAUUUGUGUCCGGUAAUUGAGUCUACUCGACAGGUAACCAUCACCUGGAGGGCCUGAUCUUGACAUCUAGUUUGGUCUUAAUAGUCAACAUGUCUGUUAAGUUAGUCUACUGUUCAAGUAACCAUCAGCUGGAAAUCCUGUUCUAAACAUCUAGCUUAAUCUGGUUAAUAGUCAAAAUGGCUUGUAAGUUUUUCUACUCUACAGGUUACCAUCACCUGGAGGUCCUGUUCUCAGCAUCUAGUUUGAUACAGUAAAAUAGUCAACGUUUCUGGUAAGAUGGUAUACAGGUAUCCACCACCUGACGUUCCUGGUCUAAACCAUCUGAUACACACCCGUUCACGUCAAACCUAACGGCUUUCUUUUAUGAUGAAUAGAGAAAGGGAAAGAAAAGAAGGAAAAGGAAGUCUCCAUUGAAAAACAAACUAUCGACACAGACAGGAAGUCCCAUACACACCGACAUACAGGAACAUACGGACACACAAAACACACCAACACAUCCGAAACAGCUGAACGUAAACACAUAGAAAAUACACAUCUGCACAGAAAACGCAGACACACACGUAAAAUACACCAACACAUCCGAAACAGCUGAACGUAAACACAUAGAAAAUACACAUCUGCACAGAAAACGCAGACACACGUAAAAUACACAAAUGGAAUGAAACACACAGGGUGAACAGCUCUUCAGUAAACAGAAUAAAACUCGGAGUGAACAGCACCUCAGUGAAGGUAGAAUACAACACACACACACAACACACACAAGAUGAACAUCACCUCAGUGAAGAUAGAAUAAACAGUACCUCAGUAAACAGUAUAACCCACAAAACACACAUAGUAUGCACAGCAUAGUAAACAGAAUAAACACAAACGCACAGUGAGCAGUCUCAGUAAAAAUGAUAAAACACAUAACAGAACAGCAGUUCAGCAAACAGACAAAAAGACCUACAGACACACGGUGAACAGCAGGUUAGUGAAAACAACAACGAUUGAAUCCUGAAUGUAAUCCUUUAGAUUGUGUGUUUGUGUGCAUAUGUUUGUGUGGGGAGGGGUAAAUCUGUUCUUUCAAAAACUGGAUUAGGGUUCCCGAUAAAUCUCCUUUGUGUCUAAAUAUUUCGACAUUUAUAAUAGAUACCAUUCAUAUUAAUAUAUUUAUAUUAUAUGAAUUAUUAUUACAAUGCAAUGAAAUGCAUGUAAUUUAUAUAAGAAUUGGGAUGCCAUUAUUUGUAAGUAUAUAUUUAGAUAAUAAUUAUUAAC